CUUGAAACUGAUCUUACGUAAAAUAUUUAGAUUCUUGUUCAGAGUAAGAUCGAAGUUUUCAGUUUUUUUUUUAUGACUCAUAUGACGUUUAUACUUCUAAUCAAGAUUCAACUGAAAAGCCUUCAUGUAACUGAAUUGAGAUCUGAAUAUUUCACUUGAGGCGAGGUUCAAGUAAUAGCUAUUAAUGCAUACCUUAGUAAGACAUCGCUCUCGUUAACCCUUUGCGUUAUGACUGAGCAGUUUCGCCUCCUGAAUGCGGUAGUCCUUAUCAGAUUAGGUAUUGCAAAUUGAGCAUUGCGAGUUAGAGAUUAAAAUCCGACGAAUCGUAUAAUUUCGUGAUGAAACUUCAAAAUUGCACAAAAUUGGGAACAUUCGUGACACUGCGCCUUUCGCUACGGCUGAAUUGGACAGCAGCUGUGCCCUGAAUCGCACAAUGUGAGGUAACAGACGCCGAUCACUGCUACUACCCAUAACCUAUAUCAGACUAGGUGUCGAAUAUCGAAACUUGAGGAAAAAGAAAGAGAACCGAUCGAAAUUGGCCGAGUAAUCUAAUUCUAAUCUCAAAUUUGCAAACCUCAACUUACAGUACCUAGUCUGAUAAUGAUUAGCGAAUGAGAGAUUAGAAUUCGACGAGAUUCAACCAAUUUCGAUGUUGAUUCUUUUUUUUUCUCUUCAAGUUCCGAUAUCCAAUACCUAGUCUGACAUGGACUUGGUUAGGUGGAUAAAGACAGCGCGAUAUGUUACUUCAUAUUGUACAAUUCAUUAUGUCUUGUACGUUAACACAAAGAAAUAACUAAUAAAUGGAUAAAAUUUGUCUUUGCGAUAUCAAUGGCGAACUAUUACUAUUGACUAAGAUGAUUUAUCUACCGGUUUUUCAUGUCAGUUGUUGCGUAAGAAAAGAGCCACUAUAAUAGCGUUUCGCCCUAAAUGAUUACUUAACAACUGUAGUAUUUCUUUAAUUUCUUGGUGGGAAGCCGUUAGAACGGCGUGUAAUAGUGAAAAAAAGAUUAAUCACAGCUGAGAUUCGCACGGAACACUUGUCUUCUGCGAGCUUUUCCGAUCGACGAGUUCCGCGCGCACGAUAUGAAACAACAAUUAGUAUCGUAUACGGGAGCAGCUCGGGAGAGAAAGAGCGCAGCCCCGCUCCGUCCGCCCAUCGAAACUUCUCUCCGCCGUCGCGGAUCGCCGUGCACGGUAAUUUGCGUCUAAUUUAACGUACGGCGUCCCGGGGCGAUGCUGAUGAUCGCACCUUAACGAGCCUCUCCCACGCGCUACGCCUGCCUUCCAGACAUUGUCUCAAUUCCGCGCGGAGAAAAUCGCCGAUUUUCUCCUCACAUACGUACGUACAAACGCGCGAUUAGCCGGGAUUUCACCUUAACGAUCCGUCGAUAACCUCGAUAUCUAUGCCGGUAAUAACUGGCACCGGUCUCUCGGAAAUGGUACGCGAUCGUCCGUAAUAUUCGAGUCGCAGUCUCGUGUGAGGCGGGGCGAGGUGAGGCGAAGCGAGGCGAGGCAAGGCGAAGUGUACAUCCCUCACGUUUCUAAUCGAAUCGGGCGCACCUCCACCGAGUAUCAUCGUUCAACAGUGCACAAAAAGGCGAAUCGUUUCGAUGGAAAGAGAACGGCGCGCUUUCCGCUUCAUCUGUCACGGCUGAGAGUCACGACGUUACCGUCGACCUCUGCUUGUAAACUGAGAAAGCACCAUGACGACCGGAGCAACCGGAGAGGAUGACCGAAACUCGCGGGGUAGUUGUUAGGUCGUCGUCGUCAUCUUAAUCCUCUCUCUUUCUCUCUCUCUCUCUCUCUCUCUCUCUCUCUCUCUCUCUUUCUCUCGUGUAUCUGUCCCUCUCGUCGUCGUCCAAUUACGUCUUUUCCUGCGCAGCUCGGCAAUUGACAUGAUUCGCCCAUCUCGAAGGCAGCUCGAGACCGAAGGUAUAUCGAAGGAGCUUGUCGCAGAGAGGCCAAGUAUGCGCGGCCUUCUAAAUCUACGUUAAUGGCGACACGAAGCUGUGCCUCCUUUGCCCUGUCCGUGGGAAUUUGCAUGUGAAUUCCCACGAACAUCGGCGAGAUAUUUUUUGCCGCGCAAGAGGGGGAAGAUCGAGCCCUCGGAAGGAAACAGGGGCGAAAAGGAGGAAGGAAACGCGGGGUCGCUCGCUGCGCAAGGGGAAGAGCCGAUGGUGCAACCGGUGGCUUCCCUUCAGGAUGCUAAGGGCAGAUGGACCGUGAAACUUAUCGACGUAAAAGCAUUACGACGAUUAAGGCCCGCUGCGCCUCCCUCGUCCUCCUUCUCGUCGUCGUCGUUGUCUUUACGAACGCAACCUGCGUAACGCGAUAUUCAACGCACCUCCUUCCUUUCGUCAUCCCCUUCGCUCGCGUUUCGACAUGUAAAUUCGCAAGAUCUGCGCGUAAGACCAUUACAUAAAGACUAAACGUAUAACGAUGGUUCCUGACGAGAGUCAAAGCACCGAGAACAAAGUAUUUGAUACUUACAGUGUGUGAUCGCGUAGAGAAACGAUCAAUACAAGUCAUGGUUAAGCGAACUAUUUUCUUAUUAAAUUCUACUAUAGUGUUAGUGAUAGCAUAACUUUAUGUACAUGUUGCUUCUACCAUGGUCGGAUCCAACUAUAAUUUUAAUUGGAUCGACCAUUUUCCCUCUCAGUGAGAAAGAAAGAAAGAGAUCCUGUCUCGCUCUCAGAGCUUCCGCAGCCAGGCGCGUGUGUAGUGCGAGCGUAAGAGCUCGCGUAUCGCUAUCAACCCCCUGACAACAGCCGGUUCGCUGUGUCGGGGUGCGGGAUCGAUAGAGCUUCUAUUGCGAUAUCAACGCGCAAACCCCAUGGGCGUAUAUGGUGGCAACGGCCGCGAUGGUGGGGGGGUCCUGCGCUGCAGGACCACCCCCGCUCUUGAGAGAAUCCUGUAUAAAAAAUAAAACGAGGGUAGGACGAGAGGAGAGGGACGAGUGAGAGAGGGAGAGAGACGCGGCGCGACGCGACAUAGCAACCGUUUAACCCGCCGACUCGCCGUGUCGCGUCGCGUCGCGAUUUUAACUCUCGCGAAUUUUGUUCACUCUCCGCGCGAUCGAUGACCGUCUCCCCAUCACGUAUCGAUAAUACCUUUCCUUCCUUUUUUAUAUUCUCUGUGCAUUGAUCGCGCUUAUUCUUACGACGAGGAGGAAGGGUGAUUAUGGCGUUACCGCGAGAGUGAUUACAGCCGCCGCGGAUCCGUCACGGCGCUCGAGCCACCCUUAAUCGAGCGGCAACUCGCUCGGCGCAUGCGAGCGAGCGAACGAGAGCGAUCGAGUAUGCUAAUGUCCCGUGAAAAUCGCCGAGCCAUGAAUCGCGCGAUGCGCGAUUACGCCAAGCUUUCCCCGCCGAUCAUCCGUCUCCCGGACGCCGAGAGAGCUCGCUCUUUCCCGAAAAAUAUAGGUCGUCGCGGUUCCUUCUUCCGCCAUUAGCGAAUUUAUGCAUGAGUUCGCACGCAUGCACAGGAGGGUAGCGCGGAUACGGCUUCUCAGGAUUAUCGAUCGGUCCUGCGGAUAAAUAGGGAGGGUGGCGGAAUUCCAAAAGCCCGGGUCCUUUUGUGCGCCCCUUCUUGCCCUUUUUUCAGGCUCGUUCUUUGGCUGACGAGAGGAGGGCCUACGCCAAUGCCGUGGCUCGACGCUGGCUUCGUCGUCGGGCCAGGUGGUGCGCAACCGUUGCUACGGCAUGCAUCCCCAAAAGCCGUGUGUUCCGCUCCCGCGAGCAGCUGCAGCUGCGAACGUACGCAGCACGCUUACGUGUGCGUGCGUGCGAGCGUGUGUGUUUGUGUACGCGCGCGCACGUGUGCAUGCUUCUUGCGUAGCCACCGUGUGCGCGCGUAAGGGUCGCACACUCGCGUUUUUAGCGCCUGAGAAAUGUGUAUUCGUUAAUUUUACUGUCGCAGACGGCGCAAUCGACGACGACAUAAUUCGCGCUUGACGCUUCACAAGGUCUCUCGAUGCCUCGAGGGGUAAAUUUUUAAUUGGCCCCGAUGAAAUGAUGGCGCCCAUCGCGUUGUUUACAUGUGUGUGUGUGUGCAACAGAGCAUUCUUAAUCGUAAGAAUUAUUCAAUUAUUCUCUCUCUCUUUUUCACCUCGUGUUCCUUGAAAUUAUCUUCAAUUGAGAAUAAUUAAUUCUAAUUCCGACUUCUCUCUCUCUCUCUCUCUCUCUCAUAAGGAAUAUCAUUUCCGCGAUAACUUCAAACGGUCGUCGCGACAACGACGUCCUCCAACCGAUUGCCGAGCGUGCGCUCGCUUCGCCAUUAACUCAGCUGCUGUGUAAUUAUCGAUUUCCCGUUAUCCCUAUUAAUUCCCAAGCGCUGAUUCACAACUUCGCUUGGGGUAAGCGUUCCGCUUACGAGCCGGACGAUCACGCUCACGCGCGACCCGUGCCACGCGCUUCCUCUUAUCAUCGCUUCAGCUUUCUUCGCGUAAUACCGAGAGAUAAGGCGUGCCGCGCCUUAUCGUGGAAUUCGCAAGGUGAGAUCCCCGGCAGAUAUAUACCGACCGGCCUUUCCGUUCGAGUACUGCCUGUCUGCCGCCACGCCACGCACAGCUUGCCGAAGUGCACGCGCGGCUGUGUGCGUGUACCAGCAGGCCACACCGUCGGCCGGCACACAGACAGACACACGUAAUGACAGCAGGGAGUUGGUUGGGGCAGCAACCAACACAGCAGAUGGGGAGUUUGCUUCUGCAAGCCAGUCGUCGCAGCGGCGUGGUACAAGCUGCCCGCCUUUUCCCGACUACUCCCGUUCCGUAGAUUCGCUACUCGUUUUUCUUUUUCUUCCGUCUCUCUGUUUCGCUCCUUCCUCCUUUGUUUCUGUUUUUCUCUCUCUCUUUUCCUCUACGUCUCCGCGCUUUUCUUCCGAUCCGGGAAAAAUCGGAAGGGUGAGAGAUCCGUGAAAGACAAUGUGAGACCGUGCGCGUGCCGUUGUCCUUCCACCCCUCGCCAUCUUCCUUCACCCUCCUCUCCCUUCUCGUUCCCUGGAUCUGAAAUGGCGGCGAAGAUCCCGCGGUGAGGAUCGAUCAAUCGUGCCUUGGAUGUUUUCCAUCUGUAGUGAGUACACUUGUCCAACGAUUUAUCUCGAGCUUGCGAUCCAUUGUAACUGAUGUACCUGCAUCUUGCACUUUCACGGUCAAUAAACGACGCGUACUCGCGAUGAACGUUCAUAUUCCUCUGUGCGUGAUUCUCCUCUUUUUAAUUACGAAAAUGUUCGUCGCAUCUCACGUCAUCUGUUUGAUGUAAUUCAAUUUUUAUCGCGCGAUUCCUCGCGGUAAACGAGCUCCAAGUGAUUAUACAAUAAUUACUUCGUUCAUAUCAGAUCCUUGCUUGAUUCCAACUCUGAUCCCGACUUGAAAUAUCCUCUGCACAGUUUGUUAACAAGGCUAACAAGGUUAACAAUAACAAAGCACCCCUGACCGAAGUUUCCGCAUUUUUUCACGUAAUACUUUUAACGUGAAAAUACGACAUCGUAACGUGGUCUUUCACGGAUUCCACGUUUUAAAGACUAGAGGCUCGAUGUCUUUGUCCUGUCAACGACCAAGGCGACCGUUGACAGUCAAUAGGGCAACCAGAGUGGUACGGUUGCGACUGUCGGAGAAUGUUUUCGCGCCGAGAUCGUCGAGCGCGGGCACCAACAACCUGCCGCCGUUGACGUUCCACCACGUGCACGGCGACAACAUCCGGCUGUGCAAUGGCGGCACGAUCGCCAGGAGGCACGAGAGCUUUUGCAAGGGUGUCACCUUUAGCGCCAGGCCCGUGCGAGUGGGCGAGAAGGUUUGCGUGAAGUUCCUGGAGAUAUCCGAUAAUUGGAGCGGCGUGAUCCGCUUCGGCUUCACCAGCAACGACCCGAUCAACCUCAGGAGCGGUCUGCCGAGGUACGCGUGUCCGGAUCUGACGAACAAGCCGGGCUAUUGGGCCAAAGCUUUGGCCGAGAGAUUCGCCGAGCGAGACACGGUGCUCUUCUACUACGUAACUUCGGCUGGCGAUGUUCACUUCGGCGUCAACGGCGAGGAGAAGGGCCUCUUCUUCAGCGGCGUGGAGACGCGGGGUCCGCUCUGGGCGAUCAUCGACGUCUACGGCAACAGCACGGCGAUCGAGUUCGUCGAUCCGAACCGACAACACUUCAACAACAUCAGGCGGGGCGCCGAGCACAGCAACGAGGACAACGCGCAGCACAGCAGGCACUCGGCGAUGGACGACGCCAGCAACGCCGGCAGGGAUGUCGAAAGAAUCAUCGUGCCGUCCAUGCAGAACUUGUCGAUGCAUCACGAGCCCGACGUCGAGCUGCCCGGGCUCAGGUUUCAACCUGCCGGCGUCAUCUUCACCCCGCUGCCCUUCCACUCCACUCGGGGCAGGAACAUCCGCUUCAGCAACCAGCAGUGCGUGGCGACGCGCACCGACACGGAAUUCUGUCACGGCUACGCCUUCACGAGUCGACCGUUGCUACUGGGCGAACGGUUGGUCGUGCAGAUCCUCUCCACCGAGCCCAUGUACGUAGGCGCCCUCGCAUUGGGUCUGACUUCGUGCGACCCCGCGCGGUUGUCUGCGGACGACCUGCCGGACGAUAGCGAUCUGCUUCUGGAUCGUCCCGAGUACUGGGUAGUCUCCAAAGACGUCGCGUCUAGUCCGCAACCCGGUGAUGAGAUCGCUUUCACGGUAACACACUACGGCGAAGUGCAGAUGAGCAAGAACGGCGGUCCGCCAAACGUCGUCAUGCAUGUCGACCAGAGCCUGCAGCUGUGGGCAUUUGUGGACGCUUACGGUAGCACUCAGAGGGUCAGGAUGUUGGCCAGUAGACCGACAUCGCCACCACGGCAACGUCAGAGUAAUCCUUCACCAGCUAAUAUUGUCCAACAGCAGCAGCAGCAACAGCAGCAGCAGCAACAACAACAACAACAACAACAACAACAACAACAACAACACUCAAAUCACAGCAACGCCGCUACGGAACUGUCUCGGUUCUCCGAGAUGGUGCAGUUUAAGCCGGCGGUGGGCGGCGGCACUGUUCUAGUUGUCAAUUUGCCACCUCAGGCAGGCUAUCCUACCCCGCCGCCGCCACCUACACCGCAACCGAUCUACGCGUCAGCGAACGCGCACAACAGAAACGUGCAGCAACCGUCGCAGCAGCAGCAGCAACAGCAGCAGCAGCAGCAGCAGCAACAACAACAACCAGUGCAUCUGUCGUCCGCAGCGGCACCCGCGCCGGUACCACAUCCGGGUUCCUCCAGACAGUCCUCGCCGCCGCUCACUGGCACUAUGGCCAGCACCGGCUCGUCCACGUAUGUGGACCCGGUCACUUACCAGAGUCUGGACGGUACCCUGACGUCGCACUCGCACGCUUCGUCCCACUUGCAGCAAUGGAGUGAGAGCUUGCAGCCGACAUUGACCGGUCAGCCGAGCGAGUGCUCCAUUUGCUACGAGAGGAGCAUCGACAGCGUGCUGUACAUGUGCGGUCACAUGUGCAUGUGCUAUACCUGCGCGAUCCAGCAGUGGCGCGGCAAGGGCGGCGGACACUGCCCGCUCUGCCGCGCGCCGAUCCGCGACGUCAUUCGCAUCUACCGCUCCUGAACGUUGUCCCGGCCGGGUCGUGACCGGGGCCACGUCGUGGACUGAGAGACGAGUGUGAACGUCUUCCCGGUUCCCACCACCGUCGCCCGCGUCCGUCAUCGUCGUUAUCAUCAUCACCGUGCUUCCGUCGUCGUUUCCUUCCGCCGCGCCCGUGCGCGCGUGUACGAAUAACCCGCUGCGGUUCAUCGGAGCGCUUCUCGCCACCGCCGGAACGAACGAUACUCUGCCAGUGGCAUACACACCACGACCAGCGUCGAAACAAUCGCGAGUCGCCGCUUCCUCUCACACUGCCGUAUUACCAAUUCUUUUCUACACACGUUCUAGUUUCGCGAUACGAGACGAAGCCAAGGGGGUGGACGCUCAUAUACACACCUACCACCCUGAGAUCUCUCCGAAUUCGUGAAAAAGAAAAAUCGUUUUUCACGACGAGAGAAACGACAGUCGCGAGCUAUACCAAGCCGAGCCGAAUAUUAUUCUCGCGACAUACCUCUAUUGAGAUCGCGUCGCUGUCAAUUAACGUGCCAAUUAACGAGGAGCGCGCGGACCAUCACCUGCGCGAAGAAAGCAACGGUGCUUUCGGGAAAUCGCGAUCACUACCGCCGUUUGCGAUCGAGCGAGAACGCGGAGAUGAGUCGCCGCGGGUCUGUGUGAGAACGAAAGAGAGUGUGAAUGUAUAUGCGUUACGCGUGCGUAUGUAUGAGAGAGAGAGAGAGAGAGAAAGAGAGAGACAUAGUAACAGUCGUUGUAGCUGAUCGAGUUGCUGCUUGUGCCGAUGAUAUCCUGUCAAGUCCCAUCGAGGGAAUGCGUGAGACGUGUGAGUGAGUGAGUGAGGUUACGCGCGAUUGCAAAAAGAGAUAGAUCGAUUUUAGAUAUUUUCACAAGCGACAUAAUCGUCACUACCAUUACCAAUUACUACUACUACAACUACUAUUAUUACUAUUACCACUUACCACUACUAUUACUACUACUAUCGCUCUGAUCUAUCGCUAUUAGUACUACUACAACUACUACUACUAUACUACUACAAUUACUACUAUUACUGUAUUACUUCCAGCCUUUGAAUUAUUUUAUUAUUUUGCUAUUAUUUUUUUUUUUUAAUAUUAACUCUAUCGAUAUGAUAUAUUAAUUAUUAUUAUUAUUAGUUAUUCGUUCACAUUGUAACUGUCUUUAUUACUCGCGAGCAGCUUCAUUUGCCACAAUCGCUAUUAUUUUUACGAUUGCCGAGAUUAUAGUGAUGGUUGGUGAAUUAACAUAGUCACUAUAUGUAGCGUGAUUAUUAUUUAAUGGACCGUGUGUGAUUAUGUAGAACGAACUUUCCGAUCAGACGCCUGGAGCACUUUCAGAGCAAGCUCGUUCGCGCUCCCCCCGCCCUCUCUUAGGAUGCGAUCGUAGGGAAUCUCGUUCGGUUCCAAUUUCCGCGACGAGAAUGUGACGGUCUCGAUAUACUGAUAUUCGUUCGCGUUUCCUUUCGUCUUGGACAUUAACGCACGAGAGUCCAUGGUCGAAUCUGACGUAUCAUGCCAGGCGGGCUUUUUACCAAAGAUCCUGAUCGUUUCCCGCCUGCGUUACUUCGUUAUCCGCCGUUACUUCGCGACACCCCAACGAGUAUUCACGUGCGGACAGCGCGAAGGGCGACGAUCGCUUCCACCUGAUCGACUUUCAUCUUGUUACCACGUUCACGAUUGUCGAAGAUUCCAAAAGUUCUUCAGCGUUAUGAAGUUUCACGUGCUGACUUCAAGAUGAUACACAACGAUCAGUGAGAAAUCCCAAGCCUACUGCCAACGCACAUUUUCGUCCAGGAGCAGCGCGGUCGACGAGCCGACACGAUCAUCGUGAAGUUCCUUUUCAAUAUUUUUCUCCUGCGGCGGAGUUCAGAAUGAAGAAGCGGGAAAAAGUUUCGAUUCCAAGCUCCGCCGUAAUCUCGCUUCCUCGCGCCAACGAUUCGCGUCAAUUCGUUGGGAAGAGUCGACGUUGUUUCGCCGGCACUCGGAUGAACUCGGGAACUUGGCGCUGCUCUUGGUUAGCUAUCGUGCCUUGUUAAAGUUUUUUCAUUCAUCUCAAAGAAAAAGACUUCCUAAACGAAGUCUUUCGUGGAUGUAUUUAUAAACGGAAACGCGUGCGGCGCCCUUUGACCUGUUAUUAAACGAAAAUGUGAAGCUGUCCUACACAUGCACGACUGUUUAAUACUGUGAACAGCAGAGUGACCUUUUAUCGCGACAAUCGUCCGCAUUUUAUUUCGCGACGCGCCCUUUCCCGAGAAGCGCGAGAGGGGAAGACGGACUUUUUGCAAGUUUGAAGAGAAUGAGAGGGAGAGAGAGAAAAAGAGAGAGAGUGCUUUUGAACGAAACUAAAUGAUUUCGAGCCAAAGGGAACGAGGUGUCUGAGCCCUUACAUUAAAAAAAAAAAGAAAAAGUAACUUUUAGCGAGAAGCGAAGAGAAGAGGAGACGAUCCUCUCUCGACUAUAACUAAUGGAUGCGCAAUAAAGCAGUAGUGAAAUCUCUAGUCCAGCGAGCGGCGGAUCUUAGGCCGUCAAUCCAAAAAGUAUGACGAAUGUGAGAUACGAGGCAAAGCUUUCCUUCUCCGUCAAACAAACGAAGGGGAAAGAGAGUGAUAGGUAGACACACGAAGCGAGAGACAGAGAAAGAGUGAGACAGAGAGAUUUUAUAGAUUACGAAGAGAGAUGCGAAUUAUUGCGACGCGCCUCUAUGCCAAGCUAAACGGCGCGUCCGCGAUCUUAUUAAAAUGAAGAAAAAAAAAAGAUAUAACGAUAAGGACGAUUAUUAAUAUUAUUAUUCUAUUGGUACGACGAGAACGGGAAAAUAGUUCCAGAUCGUUGCUAACGAGGCGACGAGAAUAGAGCGAGAAGAGAUUAGAGAGCGCGAGAGAGAGAGAGAAAAAGAGAGAGACGCUCGUGGUUAAUCAUUAUACGACGAACGUUUACAAUUUACUCUCGUUAUCAUCGUUAUCGUCGCGGUCAGCGCGAUUAGUUGUGUCGUUUAUGCCGUUCGUAAGCUUAGCCGUGCGCCUUCGAUAUAUCGUCAUCGCUCUACUUACGUUUCUUACUUUGAUCUGCUAUUCGCCCUUAUUAUUAUUCUUAUCAACCUACGACUCUCUAUUGUGCGACUAACGGCUAUUUAAUUCGACGUUUAUCACGAAAUGCAUGUUCGCGAGUGGAAAUACCGAAGUGUUUCUUUUUCUUUCGUUUUUGCCCUGCAACGUCCAUAUAUAUACAUAUAUAUAUAUAUAUAUAUAUAUAUAUAUAUAUAAAUAAAUAUACAUAUACAUAUAGGUCCGCUAUUCCCCCACGUGUCAUACGCAGAGAGACACCUGUAAACAUAAACACACGCACACAAUAAACAGGCGAGACGCGGAGAGAGAGAGAGAGGGAGGAAAAGAAAAAAAGACAGAGACAUAUAUUCGUAAAUUUUACACACUGCCACGAUACACUUCCACCACGUCUGAUGGGGAAGAGAGGGGAAAAAUUCUACGACGCGAUGAGGGUUUCUCCGACCGUAAUGUAAAGAUACGCCGAUGGAGAGAGAGAAAUUUAUACAUAUGUAAUAUAAUUCGUACGCAGCCGCGUGCUGUUCUACAUAAUAAAAAGCCUAUAAUAUCUCUGAA